UUUCCGUCGAACCCAGCCGGGAAACGAGAGGAUUUUCGCCCCCUCGGGGAGCGGACGGAGAUUGUCUACAGGAAUCCCCGGAAUUAGGAGAAAUCUUACAGGUUCAGUCGAGCAGAAUUAUUGCGCAGGUGCAAAUCGAGGGUCAGGAGUUUAACGCUACUAUAGAUACCGGAGCUAGCAGAACGCCACACAACGUACGGUAGGUACACACUUAUGUCAGCCUGGCGGAAGGCUCACGCAAGGAGAUAACCUGGUAGCCAAAGUCCGGUCGGACCAACGUUGGAUCACCUUUCCACUGCUAGUUUUCCCUUCGAUCAUGGAAGACGUGCUAUUGGGCAUGGACUUCCUCUGUGGCGUGUCUGCCACCCUCCAAUGCGGCCGCGCUUCGCUGCAGCUGAACCCUCUCCUAAUAAGCAGCCCCACCAACGACUCUCUCUUGACAAACGAGUUCACUCCAGCUAGCAACGAUCCAGAUAACGAGAUGCAAGCCACCCCGACCAGCGGUACUUUAGGGCCUCGAGACGGCAACGCCGUUCGAAAUAAUCCGUUUCGACGGAAUCAAGCUACUGUUUGAGCGGAACCAGUAGAGGAAGGGCGAGCGCCUUCCCCAGCCAGACCAGGGUAGACACCUGACGCUGGAGGAGCACUAGCCGUAAUCACAGCAAACACCGAGCAAGAAGAAUUAGAACCCUGGGUAAACAAAUUCCUAUAGGAGGAAUUGGCCAAAUUCGAAGGAUUGACGGGAGUGUCAAAUAUCGCUGAGCAUACGAUCACGAUGCGGGAUGAUAAGCCCAUCAAACAGAGGUAUUUUCCUAAGAAUCCCGCGAUGCAGAGGAUUAUUGAUGAGCAGAUCGACAUAUUGCUACGUAAUGACUGCAUAGAGCCUUCACGAAGCCCCCACAGCGCCCCUAUUGUACUCGAGCGCAAGAAAUCUGCAGAGAUGCGACUAUGUGUAGAUUUUCGACGAUGCAUACCCGCUGCCAAGGAUAACGCACAUCUUGGAGCGUCUACGCCAUGCCAAGAACAUAUCGACGCUCGAUUUGAAGAGCAGAUAUUGGCAAAUUCCUGUAGCCGAGUCCAGCCGCGAGUGCGCAGCAUUUACAGUCCCCGGGAGGGGCUUGUACCGCUGGAAAGUGAUGCCGUUUGGCCUCCACUCAGCACCAGCCACAUUCCAGCGGGCGCUCAACAGCGUCAUAGGACCGGACAACGCGUUUGCGUAUUUGGAUGAUAUCAUCAUCAUCGGCCGCACACUGGAGGAGCAUGUGCAGCAUCUACAAGAAGUAUUUCG